GGGCAAAUGAAGAAGUUGGCGUGCUGUGCGAGUCUUGGAAAGUCGCUGUCACUGUAUAUAGGGCAUUGAGCAGCAGCGAACAUCACGAUCCUAUAUAUCCAGGGACAGCGCUAGCUUGCUGUACACACAUACCUAUACAUGCAGUCACCUCUAUGGGAAUACCGGCACCUAUGGGAUUAUAACUUCCGACAACUUUGCCUCGCUGAUUGCCAAGCAUUUACGACAAAUUUAAACACAAGAAUUCUUCACUGUUGGUAAAACAAAGAUCAGCAUUGGUCUCUUGAUCUACUUGUGAAAGAGGAAAGAUCGCCUGAGAUUCAAGCAGAAAGGUUUCAGUCUAAUUCUGAGUGGGACCCGGUUCUGAGCAAAGCCCGAGAGGAUUACAAGAGACACUUCAUAAGGAUUUUACUGCUGUGGUGUGGAUUUGAAAGGCUGGGAUAAAAGUAACCCUCAACCAAGCUUCUUAGGAAGAUGUCAUGUUAGCCUUUCAUCAGAAUGCUGGGCAAGAAUCGGUGACUACCUGGCUUCUAAUCAUGAACAAUACUACCAUUGACCCGCUGACCACAAAUUCUACAGAGCCACCAUACCCUAACCCAUUUGGAGCACAUGCCAUCUGGGAGGUGGUGUUAAUUGUCAUUACAACAGGAAUCCUUUCAUUCAUCACAGUGGUUGGAAAUGUACUGGUUUUCCUGGCUUUCAAAGUGAACAGUGACCUAAAAACUGUCAACAACUACUUCAUUCUUAGUUUAGCCGUUGCUGAUGUCAUCAUUGGUUUAAUAUCAAUGAAUUUAUAUACCACCUACAUUAUAAUGGGACGCUGGGCGCUUGGCAAUGUUUCCUGUGACCUGUGGUUGGCACUAGAUUAUGUUGCAAGCAAUGCUUCUGUAAUGAACUUGCUCAUUAUUAGCUUUGACCGUUAUUUUUCUAUAACUCGGCCCCUAACAUAUAGGGCUAAGAGAACACCAAGACGAGCUGCCAUCAUGAUUGGAUUAGCAUGGAUUAUCUCUUUCAUCUUGUGGGCACCUGCUAUAUUAUGCUGGCAGUAUAUUGUGGGGGAGAGGACAGUGGAGCCUGGUGCAUGUUACAUUCAGUUCUUGUCAGAACCCACUAUUACAUUUGGCACUGCCAUUGCUGCCUUCUAUCUACCAGUUACUAUCAUGAUUAUACUGUAUUGGAGGAUUUAUAGAGAGACAGAGAACAGAAGCAGGGAGCUGGCAGGCCUGCAGGGUUCUGAGACAGAAAACAUUGUCCGGCCCGUGGGCAGUGUCAGAAGUGGCAGUAGCAGUGGCAUGGGAGAAUCGGAACGGUUACCAAGAUCACAGACAUCUGUGCCAAGGGUGAGGAGAACUUGCUGUUUUCCUAAUAGACUUGCUGCCAGCCCAUCACUCAGAAGCUAUCCUCAGCAUAAAAGUAAUGGAAGCUGGAAUACCAUGGAAGAUGCUGCUUCUGCAGAUUCUGUGUCCUCUUCCUCUGAUGGAGAUGAAAACCCCUAUGAGAUGAAAAGCAUUUGCUCUGCUGUUAUGCGAUUACCUAUGGUCAGCUCUGUAGUUGGGACACCCACAGGUUCACGUGGUUCUAAUGAUACUCUUGGAAGAGGGGACACUGAAAAUGAAGCCAAUGGAGGAAAGCAGGAGGUAUCUAGGAAACCGUCCAAGUCCCAGGCCUUAGCUUUACCAUCAACUAUUAUUAAAGCCAAAAUUGAUAAAACCCGACAUGGAAAGAGGAAAAGCAAUUCACUCAUUAAAGAAAAGAAGGCAGCAAAGACUCUAAGUGCUAUAUUGUUGGCAUUCAUUUUGACAUGGACUCCUUAUAAUAUUAUGGUGCUAGUGUCCACAUUCUGCAAGGACUGCAUUCCAACUAAACUAUGGGAGUUGGGUUACUGGCUAUGCUAUGUGAACAGUACUGUCAACCCAAUGUGUUAUGCACUCUGCAAUCGCUCCUUCAGGCGUACCUUCAAAAUGCUCCUACUUUGCCGCUGGGACAAACGCAAAUGGAGAACUCACAGACACCAAGCAGCUUUUUUCAGGACCCCAUCACAGUGAUUGGGACAGAUAUUAUACUGAUGGACACAAGUUCUGCUGUCCAAACCUAAGAAGACGUGAAGUCCCCUGUAUGUGUGGCUGAGUGGACUAUGAGGAACGCACAAUUCCUAGAAACAAAAUGGGGACAAGAAGGAAAGAGCAACAAUUUCUGCCCUUUUACUGGGACAUUAUCAAAUAUCCAACUGACAUUUUCCUUGAUGAAGUCUGACUGUCUUGGGCUUUAACACGUCUUGUAUAUGUUAUUUCGAACUAUGGAAAGGAAGAGAGUCUAGGGAAGGCUGGUCUAACCCUUUCAGGAAAGAUAUUCCCUUUUCUUGUUAGGGUGUAUCGCCUGAUGUGCCAAACCAAACAAAGGCAGUCCAAAGAGCAUGAUAUGGUUUUUUACUGUUUACAAAAAAAAGUUUGUGGGAAGGGCUGUGUAUUUAUUAUAAACUCAACUAAAUAAAAACAGAUUCGCAUUAGCACAUAA